AUUACUAAGACUCUAAUGUCAGUUCGUCCGACUGUCCGUCUGUCACCAGCUGUAAUGCUGCGCUCAUGCUGUUUAAGGCUGAUUUUAUAAUGGAAUAUAAUAAUAUACAGCAAUGGAUGUACUCUGUUUUAUCGUCCGUGCUGCAUUAAAUUAUGUAUAAAGUGGUACAAAGAACCGCAAAGUUGACCUAUCGAAAAUUUAUUGUAAGAUACCACUUAUGUCAGUAGUUCUCCUAUUAUCGCAGCAGGUUUUUUAUGUCAUCCUAUUGUAUCGCAACCAAUAUAAUAUGAAUGAAUGAAUGAAUGAAUCAUUUAAUCUGGUACAAACAAAAUGAAUGAAUGAAUGAAUGAUUAGACAAAUAAGAUACAAUUUAUCAUUUUAUAAUUUUUUCAAGAUACUAAUUACAAUAAAAUAAUUAAAAUUAAAUAAUAAUAAAAAAUAACAUAUUGCGUCUCAGGACUACACCAAAAAUGAUUAUAAUUUUUUCAGUGUUUCGUAACGGCGGGAGUUUGCCUAAAUUUGGGUGGUCAUGGCUUGGUGAUGGGGUUCUCAGCCAUUCUGCUGCCUCAACUACGACUGCCUGAUUCACUCAUACCCAUUGAUGAUUCUUCUGGGUCGUGGAUAGCCUCCAUUCUGGGCUUCGCUCUAGUUGCUGGCAACUUCAUAGCACCUACUAUCAUGGCAAAUUAUGGUAGAAGAACUGCUAAUCUAGCCAGUAUCACACCUAUGAUCGUCGGAUGGGUGUGCGUCCUCACCGCUAACAAUAUCGCCACACUUCUCGUGGCCAGGUUUCUUCAAGGAGUCUCUAUGGGAAUGAGUGCUACUUUAGGCCCUGUACUUAUCGGAGAAUAUACCAGCCCCAAAAACAGAGGUGCCUUCUUAACUGUGAUAUCCCUGACGAUUGCUACAGGAGUCCUCAUAGUGCAUACUCUAGGAUCAUACUUGAGUUGGCAGUGGACAGCGAUGGUUUGUUGUUUCAUAGCGUUCAUAGACUUGAUAAUUGUGAUAUAUUCUCCAGAAUCACCCAGUUGGUUAGCGGAUCAAGGAAGGUAUGAUAAAAGUAAGGAGGUCUUUCGCUGGUUACGAGGAGAUGGCGAAGAAGCCGAACUUAAGGAAAUGAUUGAAGCGAGCUCUAUAGUGAACGAGUCUAAAAUAGAAGCUAACGUGUCACAGUCCAUUGCGAAAAAGUGUAAGGCCAACGUCACUUACUUCCUUUCUACUAUCAAAAAGAGAGAAUUUUAUAAGCCUAUUUUUAUAAUGGUCCACAUUUACACAUUGGGGCAAUGGGCAGGAGCUAAUAUAUUAGCCUCGUACACGAGAGAUGUCUUUGAGAAUGUUAUUGGUACUGAAGCUAAUAUUGCUCUCAUGAUUAUUACUUUAGACACUCAAAGAAUUAUAUCUAACACAGUAGCAGUAUAUGUGAUAAAGAAAGUUAAGAGAAGAACUAUGUUGUUUGCGACUGUUGGAAUUAAUAUAUUCGCCUUCCUAUCGACUGCAGCCUAUGUGUAUUGUAAAACUCAUAGCAUAUUGCCAUUCGAUCACCCUUUUAUAGGAAUACUGUUGAUCCACAUCCACAUGUUCUCUAUAGCAACAGGAACGGUGCCUCUGCCUUUCAUCAUAGCUGGGGAACUCUUCCCCUUGGAAUAUCGGAGUCUAGCUGGAGGUAUCAGUGUGCUGUUCCUGUCUACAAAUCUAUUUAUCACUGUUAAAACCUUACCUCUGCUUUUAAGCACUACAGGCCUUCCUGGAGCAUAUUUAUUAUACGCGAUAGUAGUCGGUUACUGCUUGAUCGUAGCCGGGAUAUUCCUCCCGGAAACUAAAGACAGGACGCUCCAAGAUAUCGAAGAUGAAUUCAGGGGUAGACCGUUAUCGCCUGAAGAAUUGAAGUCGGUGCAGUCACUUACGUCUUUGAAACUUUACAAUACAGACAGAAGAUGCAGCGCUCCUGUUAUUUGAUUACAGGUCUGUCUCUAGGGUAAAUAUGCAUAUGACAUUGAAACUUGAAACUUUUUCCUAAUCUUUAUUUUCAAGAAAGUAAAUCAGUAAAUGAAUAUGUUAUAAAUAUGUGAAUCAAACAUAAAUUGUGAUAUUAGAUAAAUUAUGUAUAUUUAGGCCAAUAUUAUUAUGUCAAUAGCCUCGUAAAAUCAAAUUUAGUAGACUCCUGACAGCUUACUCUGUUUCUGUCUAAGAAUUUCCAGAAAUUUUCAAACCGUAUAAUUUUGUUAAAAUCAUAUACAUGAAGAUUAUCUGUGCAUAAGAGUGAGGUGUCAGGACCUACCUCCGUCGUCCAAAUCAAAAUACAGGGCUUAGACUAUAAAUAUGAUAUUUUAAAAAACCUUAAACUGAUCAGUACCUACUGCCAUUCAUAAUGUAUAGUUGAUAAGUAAGUCUUUUACAAAAUAUUAAGUCCUAGGCCUGAGGAAAACAGUAAGGUUGAAUUAAAAUUAGUUAGCUAAUGAAUCAGUCAGUGUAUAUAUUGAAAAUAAUUUAUUUUAAAAUAUAGCAAAUUUUAAGGACAUGGAUAAAUUAUAAAAGAUAGUUUUAUGUAAUAUUAUAAUACGUAUUUUAUUUAUGUAUGUAUAUAUAUAUAAAAAAAAACAAAUGUCUUAUGUCAAUUUUAAGCAUUUUUUACGAGAUAUUUCUCAAUAUAGCAAUGUAUAACAACAACAAAAAACGUAUUAUGUUUGUGGUACUUAUGAGAAGCGACAGCUUACAUCAGUAUUGAAUAAAGUAGCUAAAGUCUAUAUUAAUUCACUGUAAACGAAUUAUAUCGAUUAUGAGAUCCGAGUUUUUUUUAUUACUUUUUAUUAAUACCAAUAAAAGAGCCACAGGAUAGCACAAAAACAAAUGUAAAUGGGCCAUACGAUGAUGAACCUGAACAACCAAAGAAAAACCCUUUUUUAAACUAUAGAGAUCCUAUUUCAAUAUUUUUUAAAAAAGAGUUUACUUUGAAAUUACGUAUGGUACAACGGUAGAAAGUGAACUCAUAGUCAGUAUUUUGUUACGCAUAAUUAAUUUAUAAUUUUAAUACUGAUGUGGUAACGUCAUGGAUUUUGUAAAUGUCGUUAAUUUUGUGGGUCUUUCGCUCUUUCUUCUUAUCUCGAGAACGCU